AUGCUAAAACUCCGUUGUAUGAGGGUAUUUGUACCCUUGAAUAUCGUGAGAUACAAGUCAACAAAACCAGCUGUGAAGGUAAUAGAAAACUUGAGUCAGAGAAGCUUGCUCAGAGUUUCCGGUAACGAGACAUCCUCGUUUUUGCAAGGUUUAAUAACCAACGAUAUGAGACAUCUACAAGAAGGUGCAGCCAGUAUGUAUACAAUGUUUCUAAACACCAAAGGUAGAGUGUUGUAUGAUUCUAUUUUAUAUCGAACAAAAGACACGGAUGUCUUCUACAUAGAAUGCGAUUCCAGAGCUUUAACCGCACUUCAAAAGCAUUUGAAAAUGUAUAAGGUGCGAAGAAAAAUAGAUAUCGAUGAUUUGACCGGGCAAAUGAAAAUUUGGGCAUUAUUUGAUCCAAAUAAAUUGAAGACUGAAGCGACCAACUUGAACGAUACAAAGAAAAUCAAACUUGAAGGACAGAUAUUCCCAUGCAAUUCACUCAAAAAUAUUUCUGGCCAAUCUGCUUCGAGUGAAGUUGUCGACAAUAUCAGCAUUUACCCUGACCCGCGAUUUAUUGAGCUUGGGUUUAGAAUCCUAACAAAUUCUGCAACAGAAUCUUCGGACAUUAUUACUCGUGUCGAUCAAGACACAGUGGAAAAUAUGGCAGGAGAAUCUAGGUACAGGGCCUUCAGGUAUCGAUUGGGUGUUGGGGAAGGUUGCGAUGAUCUGCCACCAGGAAAAGCACUGCCCCUAGAAUCGAACUGUGAUUAUCUACAUGGAGUGAGCUUCCACAAAGGAUGUUACAUUGGGCAGGAAUUAACUGCUAGAACACAUCACACUGGGGUGAUCAGAAAAAGACUAAUGCCCAUUACUCUAAAUGCUGUCCCUCCAGAACCUCUUGAAUAUGAUCUAAACAUAUGGGAUACCACGCAAAAAUCGGUUGGGAAAUUAAAAGGACAUGAGAAGCAAUAUGGUCUUGGACUUAUGAGAAUUGUUGAAGCACUAGUAGCGGAGAGCCUUCAGGUUUCUAGCUUCAACGCUCAAAUUUCGAAACCGUUUUGGUGGCCGCAGGAAACUUCGAAAGACAGAGUUAACGUUGUGAGAAAUGACUGAAAAUGACAGAUACAACAAUACCGAUGAGAGUUGAAUGUUUUAACUCAAAGACUAGGCUUGAUAACUGAUUUCUUGAAUUUUAGAAACGCCCAUGCGAUUCUUACUGUAGUUAAUUUUUAUCAGAUGGCAAAUAAAUUGUUAAUUAAU